UUCAGACAUUUUUUUUAUGAAUGCAUGUCUAUGAGAUUGUUUUCUUACGAAAAUGUGGAUUUUUAGAUGAAAUUGUUAAGUCUUUAUUUGGAUAUUUGAAUGGAUGCCUAAGCAGUCUUGCUUUUCAAUCUCUUGCUAGAUGCACUAAACAUGCUAUUUUUUAUUUGUGUGAAUGGAUUCUUUCUAAUUACUGCAUUGAUGGACAUUAAAGAUCGCCACAAUCUGAUUUGGAUUUUUUUUUUAUUGUGAAGGCCUUCUCAUCAUGAAAAUGUAGCCCUUUGGACGAAAAUGUAGUUUUUUUUUUUUUUUCAGUUUGUUGAUGAGUGGAUGUCCAAGAUCUGUCUUUUUUCUUUCUUGCUAGAUGGGUAUAAGUGAUUAUGUUCAUCACAACUAUAUCAUCUGUUUUCCUCUAGGUUGUUUUUUGUCAAAAUUUGGUGUAUUUGAGCUGCUAUUGACAACUGAAGGAAUAGAUAGUUCAUGGCAUGAGAUUUAUUGAAGUACUUGUUUUAAUUUUUUAGGGAGUGUUCAUUUACUCUUUGUUGUCAAUUUAGGGUCGAAUGAUUGUUAUGGGAAACUUGUGCUCUACAUUUUACAAUUUUCACCAUCACUUGCUAAUCUUCUACAUUUUGCAAUUUUCACUAUCACUUGCUAAUCUUCCAGCAUGUUAUGGAACAAUAGUAUUUAGAACUUUUUUAACAUUCCAGGUUAUCAAACACAGAAACCUCUAUAACUUCUUACAAUAACUUCUUUUUUCCCAGCCAGUGGUGAUCGAGGGUGAUGAUUAUUAGGUGGAUCAAGAAAGCGACAGAAUUCCCUUGAGACUCGAUGAAUUGAUUCGGUGAGGAGUGCUACUAGUAGCUAUGGUGCAUCUAACGUGGAGGCAGAUCGUGCUUCCCUCCCUCCCUUCAUCUCUUUCUCUGUCUCUGAUGCAAUGAACUACCAUGAAUCUCGGUCCCUUUCCUUCUCUCACUAAACGCCCACUUCUUCACUCCCUUCCUUACUUCACUUUUCUUUCACUUCUCUUAAUCACCUGCUUUUUUCUCUAUCUCUACACCAAUGUCCUUCCUUUCUACACACCCCCAUCGCUUGAACCACUUACGCCAAGAACCAGCCGUGGAAGUUGCAGAGCCUCUCAAGAAACUGAUAACCUUCCAUAUUUCAAUGGGAAAUGGAUAGAAGAUCCCCAAAAGAAACCCUUUUAUGGAGAGGAAUGCCCAUUUCAUAGAAACGCAUGGAAUUGCUUGAAGAACAAGAGAGAGAACAUGGAGAAGAUCAAUUCAUGGAGAUGGGUUCCUGAUUCAUGUGCUUUGCCAACGAUUGAUCCAUUUGGUUUUUUGGGUUUAAUGAGGAACAAGAGAAUUGGUUUUGUAGGUGAUUCUCUGAAUGAGAACUUUUUGGUUUCUUUCCUCUGCAUUCUUAGAAUUGCGGAUGAAACAGCGAGGAAAUGGAAGAGGAAUGGGGCUUGGAGAGGUGGUUAUUUCCCAAAAUUUAAUGCGACUGUUGCGUACCAUCGUGCUGUUCUUCUCGCUAAGUACCAAUGGCAGCCUUUAAAUUCUUUGGAGGAAAAUCAACUGAAGGGGAUUUACAAAGUCGAUGUUGAUAUACCUGCGGAUGAUUGGAUUGGCGUCACCGACUUUUAUGAUGUUCUAGUUUUUAAUACGGGGCACUGGUGGGGGAUCGACAAAUUUCCAAAGGAGACACCCCUUGUUUUCUACAAAAAUGGAAAGGCAAUAAAUCCUCCACUUGGAAUUCUAGAUGGACUCAAGGUUGUCCUCAACAAUAUGAUCUCUUACAUUGACAGAGAAGUCCCUAAAGAAAAGCUUAAGUUCUGGCGUACGCAGUCACCAAGGCAUUUUCAUGGUGGUGAUUGGAAUGAAAAUGGCACUUGCUUAUUUGAAAAUCCCCUCAACAAUAACCAGCUCGAUAUAUGGUUUGACCCAAGGAAAAGAGGAGUAAACAAGGAAGCCAGACUAAUGAACUCCAUCGUUAAACAUGCAUUACUUGGCUCAAGCAUCCAUUUGCUUGAUUUGGCCCAUUUAAGUGAAUUCAGAGCUGAUGCUCACCCAGCUAUUUGGCUGGGAAAAAAGGAUGCAGUUGCAGUCUGGGGCCAGGAUUGCAUGCAUUGGUGCCUGCCUGGUGUGCCCGACACUUGGGUUGACAUUUUGUCAACUCUAAUUCAUGAGAGAUUGGUCAAGAAAACUGGGCCUGCAAUUUAGGAGCUCUUAUGGUAAUCCUUGUCAUGCGGGCUAUGGGGGAAUUGUGAGAGAUUGGAAUUAUGAUGUAAUUUUUGCUUAUGCUGACCUAUGUGGGAUCAAUACUCUGCCAAUUUUGCAGAAUUCUCUGUUCUUCUUCAUGGUUUGAAGAUCUUUAAAGAGAGCAAUGUUGGGGAUCUUUGCUAUGUGGAGGGAGAUUCAUUGACUGUAAUCAAAUGGUUCAAUAAAGAGCAAUCUGUGCCGUGGCAUUUGAGAUCAAUCUGGUUUAAAAUUCUAGAUUUGGUGGGAUCUUUGAUAGUCUCUUUUCAUCAUCUCUAUAAAGAGGCGAACGAUAUAGCAGAUUCCCUUGUUAAGAGGGGUGCGGCUUUAUCGUCAAUUGCUGUCUCUGAAAAUGUAAUUUUUGGCUGUAACUUUCUUUCAUUAAUUAAGUUUUGGAUAUUGUAUAAAAAAAAAAAAUAUGGCUGCAAUAUAGAGGAUGAUAGAGAAUGAUUCUAACCCAUCCAAAUGUGGGAAUGUAAAUCUUCCUAGAAACCUUGUGAAAGACCGUCUAUAGACGAUUUGUAUUUAGAUUCUGAAACUGCGGCGUAUUGAAGAGCAGUGAAGCUAUUGUAACUACAGCAUAUUGAAGAGGAGUGAAGCUACUUGGAGUGAUUGAGCAUACUGUCUAUUUGCUCCCAUAGAUAAAACCUGGGCCAAAAGUACUUUUAGGAAAUUGGAUGGCUGUAUUUAUUCCAUUGACCAAGCUCAAACUUUAAUAGAAAUUUUCUCGAACUUUGUGACA